AUGAAGAACAUCGAGCGCCUGCUCAGCGGGGACGGAACUCGAAAGCCCGGCGUCGACCCGUCCUACAACCUCCUCGGCAUGACCCUCCCGGAGCUCAAGACGUUCGCCGAGGAGGCCGGGCUGCCCAAAUUUCGCGGCAAGCAGCUGAGGGACCACCUGUACGGCGUCAAACCCGCCAAAAACAUCGACGACCUCGUCACCCUCCCAAAGGCGGCCAGGCGUCAGCUCUUAGAUGCGGGCGUCUCCGUCGGGAGGUCCGUCGUUCACCACGUCGCCGGCUCCCCCGACGGAACCACCAAGCUCCUCCUGAGGCUCCACGACGACAGGGUGGUGGAGACGGUCGGGAUCCCCGCGCACGAGGCUGGGCACAGGAGGCUCACCGCGUGCGUCUCCUCGCAGGUUGGGUGCCCGAUGCGGUGCACGUUUUGCGCCACCGGGAAGGGCGGGUUCGCGCGCAACCUCGCGACGCACGAGAUCGUGGACCAGGUGGUGAGCCUGGAGGAGCACUUCGGCGAGCGCGUGACGCACAUCGUGUUCAUGGGCAUGGGCGAGCCCUUGCUCAACGUGCCGAACGUGCUGAGGGCGCACGAGGCGCUCAACAAGGAGGUUGGCAUCGGGUCCAGGCACAUAACCAUAUCCACCGUCGGCGUCAGGGGCGCGAUCGAGAGGCUGGCGAGGGCCAAACUCCAGUCCACGCUCGCCAUCUCCCUGCACGCCCCCAACCAGGAGCUCAGGGAGCGACUCAUUCCCAGCGCCAAGGCGUACCCCAUGCAGGAGCUCCUCAACGACGCGCAGCAGUACUUCAUCGCAACCGGGCGAAGGGUCACGUUCGAGUACACCCUGCUCGCGGGCGUGAACGACUCGAUCCAACAGGCGGAGGAGCUCGGUCGCCUGCUGUACAAGAAUAAGCUCGCGUCGCACGUGAACAUCAUCCCCUACAACCCAGUGGACGACGCCCCGGACUUUAAGAGGCCCGGCCGCGCGAGCAUCUUGAACUUUAGGAACACCCUGGAGCAGAUGAACGUGCCGGCGAGCAUUCGACAGAGCAGGGGUUUGGAGGCGGCGGCGGCGUGCGGACAGCUUCGCAACGCGUACCAGAAGAACGCGCUCCAGGCCGAGGAGGCUUGA